AUGAUGGAUGUUAUUCAGGCAGCGGAGGCAGAUAGGUCCCGUACUCAGCACAAGUGUUUUCCUGGCCAGUUGAUUACUAUUGUGAAGGAAGUUGUGAAGAACCAGACCAUAACCAAGUGGAGGGAAACUAAGCUACGUGAGAUAGGGCUUGAUUUUGUUUUUGAUAUGCAGAUGACCAUGUUUGACGCUGAGCUGAUAUCGUGGCUCUCUGAGAAUUUUGAUGCCAAGACCAUGUCAAUUCAGAUGAUGGGUGGUCGGGUUCUCCGCUUCACAGCAGAUGAUGUAUCUAGGAUAUAUGGCUUGCCUAGGGGUCCCCAGAAGGUCAAUGUUGACAAGUUUCCCAUGAAGGCCAAGAAGAAGUUCAGGUUGGCGCUUUAA